AUGGCAGAUCUCAAGAUGGCUACGGUGAUGUCGCUUUCUGGACGAAUAGGUCUCAUUACGGGUGGAGGGACUGGCAUAGGAUUCAGCAUUGCCAAAGCCUUCGCUGCGAACGGAGCCAAGGUAUAUAUUACCGGCCGAAGGUUGGACGUACUGGAGAAAGCCGCCGCGUCUGUCACUGGCGUCUCAGGAUCUGUUGUCCCACUCCAGAUGGACGUGACAAGUGAAAACAGCGUCAAAGCCGGCGCACAGUACAUCGAAGGAAUCGAUGGCAAGCUCGAUAUCCUCGUCAACAAUGCCGGAUUUGCUGCGUCUCUCCGCGAUCCAGACUUCAUCGCGAAGCAACAAGCCACAGAGGAUCCUUUUGAACCCGAAACCGUACAGAACUGGGCUGACAUUUUUGCACUAAACACGAUCGCCCCAUUCUUUGUCGUACGUGCUUUCCAAUCCCUUCUCAUCAAAGGAGCGCAUUCCCGCCCUCAAGGCACCUCAAGCGUCAUCAACAUCAGCAGUGUAGCAGCAAAGUUGAACACUCCGGGAUCAUUUCUUGCAUAUGGUCCAACGAAAGCUGCUUUGAGCAAGCUCACCCUCGUUCUGGGAACAAAUUUUGCUCAGAGGGAUAUCCCGAUUCGUGUGAACGCGCUGGCUCCUGGCGUGUUUGCGUCACAACUGGUUGGCCCCGAUCUUUUAGAGGCGAUCAGGACCCAGCCUCUGCCUGGAUUGGUCACGCCGAUUCCUGCGAAGAGGCAGGGAACAGAAGCUGAAAUGGGGACGUCGGCGGUCUAUUUGGCUGUGUCCGACUAUACGAACGGAGCGAUUUUGACCGUUGAUGGCGGAAUAUCGCUGGUCAAUCCCUAA